CAAUGAAAUAUGAAAUCAAUCCAAAAUAUGUGAAAUCCAUCGAUUUGAAAUUGAUACCCUACCGGCAACAUAAUGCCAUCAAUGGCAGUGCCUUCUUCGGGAGAGAUGUUCAUGACAUACGUGUUGUCCAUUGGGUAACCUCGACGCGAAGUGAUGGCCGAAUCUGGAAGGUCUACAAUGUCACCUUGAAUUUUUGUGACAUUUUGGAAAAUAAAUACAACAAAUUGAUUGUCGUUACCGAGGCUGUGGUGCGACGUAUUAUAGAGGCAAUACCGCAAUUGCCGCAGCAUUGUCCGUUUAAGAAGGACACUGAAUAUUCAUUGACAAAUUUCUAUUUGGAGGAAGAAAUCAUGCCGGUCUUUGUGCCAAAUAUGAAAUUUGAAACGGCCUUUAAUAUGAUGUCCAACAAGGAGUAUUUUUUUAAAUUGCUAUUAACGGCCCGUGUGGAAUCCAAAAUAGGCCAACGGAAUGUUAAGCAGAGCAGUAAAAAUCCAAAGUGA